AGAAGCUGCGCGGUCAUGGCGGAGCGCGGACAGCAGCCUCCUCCAGCGAAACGGCUCUGCUGCCGGCCCGGAGGCGGUGGAGGCGGGGGCAGCAGCGGCGGCGGCAGCAGCGGCGGCGGUGGGGGCAGCGGCUACAACUCCGCCUGCCGGCCGGGCCAGCGAGCGGGCGGCGCGGCUGUGUGUGGGGGCGGCUCGGCGCUGGGGCUGCUACCGCUCGGGAAGACCCAGAGCCCGGAGUCGCUGCUGGACAUCGCGGCGAGGAAGGUGGCCGAGAAGUGGCCGUUUCAGCGGGUGGAGGAGCGCUUCGAGCGGAUCCCGGAGCCCGUGCAGCGCCGGAUCGUCUACUGGUCCUUCCCUCGAAGCGAGCGGGAGAUCUGCAUGUACUCGUCCUUCAACACCGGGGGCGGCGCCGGCGGCGGCGGCGGAGACGAGAGCGGUGGCGGAGGCGGCGGCGGCGGCGGCGUCGUCUCCUCGUCGUCCAACUCGUCCGCCGCCGCCGCCGCCGCUGCCGCCGCAGCCGCCGCCGCAGCCGCCGCCGGGGCGGCCGUAGGGGCCGGCGGGGCCGGGGACAGCGGCGACGAGACCCGGCUCCCUUUCCGCCGGGGCAUCGCGCUGCUGGAGAGCGGCUGCGUUGAUAACGUCCUGCAAGUCGGUUUCCACUUGAGUGGCACAGUGACAGAACCUGCAAUGCAAUCGGAGCCAGAAACUGUUUGCAACGUAGCUAUCAGCUUUGAUCGUUGCAAGAUUACCUCAGUGACCUGUAGCUGUGGAAACAAGGACAUAUUUUACUGUGCCCACGUUGUGGCACUUUCUUUAUAUCGCAUCCGCAAGCCAGAUCAGGUCAAACUGCAUCUUCCCAUUUCAGAGACUCUCUUUCAAAUGAACAGAGACCAACUACAAAAAUUUGUACAGUAUUUGAUCACAGUGCACCACACAGAGGUUUUGCCAACCGCUCAAAAAUUAGCAGAUGAAAUUCUUUCUCAGAAUUCAGAAAUCAACCAAGUCCAUGGUGCUCCUGAUCCAACAGCAGGUGCUAGUAUAGAUGAUGAGAACUGCUGGCACUUAGAUGAAGAACAGGUUCAAGAGCAGGUUAAGCUGUUCCUUUCCCAGGGUGGGUACCAUGGAUCAGGGAAGCAACUUAACUUGCUCUUUGCAAAGGUGAGAGAGAUGUUGAAGAUGAGGGACUCGAAUGGCGCUCGAAUGUUGACAUUGAUAACAGAGCAGUUCAUGGCUGACCCCCGUCUCUCACUUUGGAGGCAACAAGGCACUGCAAUGACUGACAAGUAUAGGCAGCUCUGGGACGAACUUGGGGCCCUGUGGAUGUGUAUAGUCUUAAAUCCCCAUUGCAAGUUGGAACAGAAGGCCAGUUGGCUAAAACAGCUGAAAAAAUGGAACAGCGUUGAUGUUUGUCCCUGGGAAGAUGGGAACCAUGGAAAUGAGCUGCCCAAUUUAACCAAUGCUUUGCCUCAGGGUGCAAAUGCCAACCAAGAUUCGUCGAGCAGGCCGCAUCGGACGGUGUUCACACGGGCCAUUGAGGCAUGCGAUCUCCACUGGCAGGAUAGCCACUUACAGCACAUUAUCAGCAGCGACCUAUACACCAACUACUGUUACCAUGACGACACUGAAAACUCCCUCUUUGACUCUCACGGGUGGCCCCUCUGGCAUGAACAUGUUCCUACAGCCUGUGCGAGAGUAGAUGCGUUAAGGUCUCACGGAUACCCAAGAGAAGCGCUGAGGCUAGCAAUUGCAAUUGUUAAUACACUAAGACGGCAGCAGCAGAAACAACUGGAAAUGUUCCGAACUCAGAAGAAAGAGCUGCUCCACAAAGGAAUAACAUCAAUAACCAAUCUAGAAGGUUGGGUCGGUCAUCCUUUAGAUCCCAUUGGCACCCUCUUCAGUAGCCUUAUGGAAGCCUGCAGAGUAGAGGAUGAAAGCUACCCUGGAUUCUCAGAUUUUGCAGAGAAUAUGGGGCAGGGCAAGUCUCUGGAGUACCAGCACCUGCCCACACACAAGUUCUUGGAAGAAGGGGAAUCAUAUUUAACUCUGGCUGUGGAAGUAGCACUAAUAGGACUGGGGCAGCAGCGGAUCAUGCCAGAUGGAUUGUAUACACAAGAGAAGGUUUGCCGAAAUGAGGAACAGCUCAUUUCCAAGCUACAAGAAAUCGAAUUGGAUGAUACAUUAGUGAAAAUUUUUCGCAAGCAAGCAGUCUUCCUAUUAGAAGCUGGACCAUAUAGUGGUUUAGGAGAAAUCAUCCAUCGAGAGAGCGUUCCAAUGCAUACAUUUGCCAAGUAUCUCUUCACCUCUCUCCUACCUCAUGAUGCUGAACUGGCAUACAGAAUUGCACUGAGAGCAAUGCGAUUACUAGUAUUGGAAUCUACUGCUCCAACAGGAGAUAUGUCCCGCCCACACCACAUUGCAUCAGUUGUUCCGAACCGGUAUCCCCGCUGGUUUACCCUAAGCCACAUUGAGUCCCAGCAGUGUGAGUUGGCAUCAACUAUGCUAACAGCAGCCAAAGGCGAUGUUCGGAGGCUUGAAACAGUAUUAGAAUCCAUCCAGAAAAACAUUCACUCCUCAUCACACAUUUUUAAGCUUGCCCAAGAUGCAUUUAAGAUAGCAACUCUCAUGGACAGUUUGCCAGACAUCACUCUUUUGAAAGUGUCUCUGGAGCUGGGCCUUCAGGUCAUGCGAAUGACAUUGUCAACUUUAAAUUGGCGACGACGGGAAAUGGUGAGAUGGUUGGUAACGUGCGCAACUGAAGUGGGCGUUUAUGCACUGGAUAGUAUCAUGCAGAGCUGGUUUACGCUCUUCACCCCCACAGAGGCCACUAGUAUUGUUGCUACGACAGUGAUGUCCAACAGCACCAUUGUCCGUCUGCAUCUGGACUGCCACCAGCAGGAGAAACUGGCGGGCAGUGCUAGGACGCUUGCUCUUCAGUGUGCCAUGAAGGACCCUCAAAACUGCGCCCUCUCUGCACUGACAUUGUGUGAAAAGGAUCACAUAGCUUUUGAGACCGCUUACCAAAUUGUUCUCGAUGCUGCUACAACCGGCAUGAGCUACACGCAGCUUUUUACGAUAGCCCGGUACAUGGAGCACCGUGGCUACCCCAUGAGGGCCUACAAGCUGGCUACUUUGGCCAUGACGCAUCUCAACCUGAGUUACAAUCAGGACACACACCCUGCCAUUAAUGACGUUUUAUGGGCAUGUGCGCUCAGCCACUCCCUCGGGAAAAAUGAGCUAGCGGCUAUAAUACCUCUGGUGGUCAAAAGUGUCAAAUGUGCAACUGUACUCUCAGACAUUUUGCGCAGGUGUACUUUGACCACUCCUGGGAUGGUGGGACUUCAUGGAAGGAGGAACUCUGGUAAGCUCAUGUCACUGGAUAAAGCCCCUUUAAGGCAACUCCUGGAUGCCACAAUCGGAGCCUACAUUAAUACGACACAUUCGCGACUCACACACAUCAGUCCUCGACACUAUAGUGAGUUUAUCGAGUUCCUUAGCAAGGCCCGAGAGACCUUCUUAAUGGCUCAUGAUGGACACAUUCAGUUUACACAGUUUAUUGACAACCUAAAACAAAUCUACAAAGGCAAAAAGAAACUGAUGAUGUUGGUUCGUGAGCGGUUUGGUUGAUAGA